UUGACACAACACUGCACGUAGCCAAGCAGAAUCGGAGUCUAUAAAAGAUCGCCAAGAUGGGCUUCUUCCACCAAACUUCACCUGUUUGCAGCAGAUGCAGAAACGAGAAGAAAGCUUUCCGAGCCGACCAACUCGAGUGCAGCUAUCUUGAUUAGAAAGAUAAUCCACCGCAACCAAAUCACUUGUCAGAGUUUCGACUUGUCCGCUCCGAUCGUCGCCAGCCACCACCAUGCGCUCCCUGAUGCUCGUGGGUGUUCUCUUCAUUUUCCUCGGCGCCUGCCUGCCGUCUUCUCUGGCAGGUGUCCUCCCAGCCCCCGGACGUCGCAGUUCGCAGAAAUUUCAAGAACAGAGGAAGUCCAUGCAAGAGGAAGCGGCGCGCGCCCUGAGCGGCAACAAUGAUGAGGUUCUCCACGGCAAGAACGUGGCAGAGUACAUGAUCAACGAAUUGAAGAGGAAGACACCACAUGGAGAGGGAGUGUCAGAUCUCAAGACAAGUCUACAGAAAACUAGGGACGGUAGUGACAGUCGCAACUACUGGUUUUGCUACUUUUUCCCGCAUUAUUGCUAUGGGUGUGCGUCCCACGAGUUCGAGUGUUCGGACGGUACUUGCAUUCCUGGCUACUGGGAGUGUGAUCGUUGGAAUGACUGCGGCGAUGCCAGUGAUGAAGUCAACUGUGUAUGUGCAGAUGAUGAGUUUACCUGCGGCAACGGCCGUUGUAUUCCAGGCUAUUGGCAGUGUGAUCAUGACAACGAUUGCUGGGACUACAGCGACGAAGAAGGAUGUUUUGCUGAAUCUACGACUAGCCAGCCAAACAUCCCGGAUUCCACCACUAUGGCACCGGCAGCAUGCGGCUGGGGACCGUGGAGCCAGUGGUCCGAGUGCAACACAGGUUGCGGAGCGGGACAGAGACAACGGACUAGGCAGUGUCUGUGCGCCGAUGUCAACCUGUGCAGUGACGGGGAACCCACGGAGUAUCAGAUGUGUGAACUCGCUACCUGCAUGCCCGAAGCAGACAAUGGUUGUGGUUCCCGUCAUUCUCAGGGAGCAGCCCAGCGUAUCGUCGGGGGUAACGCUGCCGUGCGCGGUGCCUGGCCCUGGUACGCACAGCUCAUCUUCCAGGGCAGGUUCUCCUGCGGUGGCACCCUUGUGAACAACAGGUUUAUCGUCAGUGCGGCUCACUGCUUUGAAGGAUCUAAUCGUAUGAACCCAUCCAACUGGCGGGUGAUUCUCGGCAAAUACCGCGAGAACGACGACAGCGGUGAGGAGCACGAGAGCGGGGUGUCAGAGGUCAUCGUCCACGCCGGCUACGACAGUGACACUGUGGACAACGACCUGGCCAUCUUGGUCCUGUCUCAGCCCCCUAUCCAGCCUGAAGUGGGCAGCAACCCGGUCAUCAACUCUGUGUGUGUGGACACCGCUGCCAGUGUGGACGAGUCGCUGGUGUGCUUCAUCGCCGGUUUCGGUACCACAACUCAGGGCGGCUCCGUCUCCUCCGUGCUCAUGGAAGCUGAGGUUCCCAUCGUUGACCGAAGCCGUUGCAACGGACCAUCAUCUUACAAUGGCGAAGUGACUGAAAACAUGCUGUGUGCUGGUUUCCUCGCUGGAGGAAUCGAUUCCUGCCAGGGUGAUUCUGGCGGUCCUCUGGUCUGCAGUAGACCCAGCCGUGACGAGGUCACGGGAGCCGAGGUGGAGCGGUGGUACCUGACGGGUGUAACGAGCUGGGGCUACGGGUGCGCACAGCGCAACUACCCUGGUGUCUACACCAAUGUAGCACGCUACGGACAGUGGAUCGACAACGUCAUCGCAACGCGUGGAGGAGCCAGCUCUCCAUAAGAUGAAGAUUGGACUUCCUACACGGCCAUUAAAUUUGUUUAAAGGAUUUAUAAUACUCGGGUGCCCGAGUCGGGUCGAAGCCUAGAUCGUGCUAAAUAGUUUGCAUUUUGAUACUAAAACAAUGCAAUACUAUAUAGUUCACAUUAUAUUUUAUAUAAGCUCUUUAUUUUUAAUUAUAAAUAUAUUAUAAUAAUAUACAAUGUUAUCAUUUUUUUUUAAAUUGAAGGGAUUUAUUUUCUGAAGGCAGCUCUAAAUUAUUAAAAUAUUUGUGUAAGAAGUUACAUUUAAUUUUGCAACAAAUAUAAUUUCCUGCUUGUCAAAGAUCUAAUUUUGCCAUGCGAAUAUAAACGACUUGUGUGCGUAUAUUUGGGUGCUUAUUUAAUGUUUGAAUGUCGAUGCAGACAGUAUUAUUUCCUAUGAUUUUAAUUUUAUACAAUUAACGAUAACCCAAGCUUUAUGCUGGCAUAAGUUUGGUUAAAUAAUGUUGCUUUCUUAUACAUUAUAUCAGUACAGUAUAUCACAGAGCAGGUCUUUGUCCACGUGGGCUAUGCGCUAUUUAAGGUUUUCAGAUAUGUAUUUUCGAAAUUUUGUUGAUGGUAAUAAAAAUCUAUCAAAACUUCACA